UUCCGGUUUGAGACCGCUCAUAUUUAACUCCCUUUGCCAAAAGAACUCCCGUGUUCGCUUUCGGUAUGCGUUUUAUAUGUUAUUUAUUUAUUUUUAUGUAUUGAAAUUGAGUUAAAUUGUUUAAACAUGGCGGGUUUACCACCGGGGGAUCCUCAGCUAGUGUCAAUGAUAGUGAAUCACCUGAAAACACAAGGACUAUUCGACCAGUUUAGGAGGGAUUGCCUGGCAGACGUUGACACGAAGCCCGCUUACCUGAACUUGAAGCAAAGAGUGGACAACUUUGUCUCCAACCACCUGUCCAACCACACAUGGAGCCCUCAGUUGAACAAGAACCAGCUGAGAAACAACAUCCGACAGCUCGUGUUGCAAUCUGGGAUGCUGGAGCAAGGGGUGGACAGGAUCGUGGCCCAGGUGGUGGACCCCAAAGUCAACCACAUCUUCAGGCCGCAGGUGGAGAAGGUGGUCCACCAAUUCCUGUCGCCUGGCACCAGCAGCGAGGAGCCGGCGCCGCCCCCGCCGCCGAUCCCAGCGACUGAGACCAAAGCUGACGUCAUUGUCCCUCAGCAGGCCUCAUCGUCCACUCCGACGUCCACCGCAGACGCCAUGUCCAUCCUGGACGCCAUCACCUCUCUCAGCCAGGAGGCCAACGUCAGGACCGCAGAGAAGGUCCGCAAAGCCCCCGACGGGCCCGCGGAGGACGGCGAGCAGGACAUGGACCUGGACGAGGACGCAGAGAGGAAGACGGCCGAGGACGAGGCGCAGGAAGCCGAGGCGCAGCGGUCCGUGGAUGACGGCGCUCCGGAUCAGAUGGAAGUAGAGAAAGAAAUCCCCUCGGAGGAGAUGAAGAUGGAGGAGGAAGGGACUCCAGGCGAAGACCAAGCUGAGGACAAACACAAAGCGGCCUGUAAAACAAGCGGGAGACCUUCUGAGGAGAAGAAGCAGCAGCAGGAGGAUUCAAGUCAGGCCAAAGAGAAAGCCAGAGAGAAGAUUAAGGAAGAGUACUCUUUAGAGGAUUCGGACUUGGACGGCCUGAGCGACAUCACAGUGAGCUCCGUGCACACCAGCGACCUCUCCUCGUUUGAGGGGGAAAGCGAAGAGGAGGCGCCGCUGUCCGAUUCCUCCGAGGAGGCCGAGAAUUCAACAGAUGGUCUCAAACCCGAGAAGAAGGAGGCAGGCGGGGACACGGGAGAUGAAGGCAAAGAGAGUAAACCACGCCGCAAGGCCUACGUCCACAAGCCCUUCUUGUACUCCCGUUACUAUAGCGACUCAGACGACGAGGUCACUGUGGAGGAAAGGCGGCGAUCUGUAGCAAAGGACAAAGAGGAUCGUCUGCUCAAAAGGCAGCAAAACCGAGAGCGGAUGGAAGAGAAGCGCAAACAGAAAGCUUUACAGUCUGAAGAGCAAGAUCAGAAAAAGAAGAAAAGUGAGCAAUCUGGCGGUCUCCAGAAACCCCAAGCCAAGGAAGCCCGCAAAGAGCAGAAAGUCCUGGAGAAGAAAAUGGCCCUGAGCAGAAAGAGGAAGCUUGACUCCAGGAGAGAGGAUGACGUGGCCAGCAAGAAAAAAACAGACCCAGAAGAAACAUCUAAGAAGGCGGAAGCGAAAACCCCGCCAUCUCGCAGCCUCCAACAGAAACCGGCGAGAAACCCAUCCGAGUCGUCUGAAGAGAGGCACCGGAGGAUGAGCGGCAGCGUCUUGGAAGAUUUAAGCGACCCCAAGAAGAUACCAGACAAAAACCGCACGCACUCCUUCAUCUUGGACCUCGAGCUCGGCUCUCAGGAGGCGCUCAGGCAGCGUACCGUCGGGAAGUUUGACCGGCCGUCACGCAAGGUGCGCAAAGAAAAGCCAGAGGAGUCAGCGAAGAUCAAACCAAAGCAGGAGAAGAAACCCGAGUCUAUGGUGACUGAACCCCAGCAGAAGGAUGGCGGGCCUGUAAAGGCGUCCUCCGAAGAGAAGAAGCCCAAAGUGAAAAGUGAAAAGAAAGUGGCAAAGGAACAAAAAGCGUCCGAGGCCGAUGAAGCGGCUAAAGAUGCGUCAACUAAGAAAAUAAGGUCUCAGUCUGUCGAGGUGAUCAAAGCAGAGAAGGACAAAAGUCGAGAAAAAGAUAAAGACAAAAUGAAAGAAAAGGCCAAAGGAGAUAAAUUGUCAGUAAAAAGCGAUUCCAAACAACUACGGCUGGAAUCUUCCGCCUUCUCUGAGGACCGGCCUGAGGUGGGACCAGGCACAGACGGCGGAAAGAAGAAAGAGAAACACUCCAAGGACACCCUGAAGAGGUCCAAGAGCCACAGCGAAGAGCGGCAAGGGGACAAAGCCAAAGUGAAAGCCGAUGGCAAAGACAAAGAGAGGACCAAAGCCGAGCAACCAAACAAGCCUGACAGCGAAAAGUCCCCAAAAAGAGUCAGGCCUGCAGAGAAAGGAAGAACCACGGAAAAAUCCAAAUCCAAAGAGGAAGCAAAGUCAAAGCCGGACAAGAAAGCUCACAGUUUGGAGGCUCGCGGGGCCAGCAAAGGUGAGAUAAGCAAGGACAAGAAGAAGGAGGGAAGUGUGAAGGAGCAGAGGAAGCCCUCUGAGGAGCCUGACAUGAAGACUGCAAAGAAGAAAAUGGACAAGAAGGAGAAAGUUCUGGAGAAGAACCACGAGGAGAAGAAAGCACCCCGUGAAGACAAAGCGGAGAAGUCCUCUCUGGAUGUCGUGGCUCAGGAUGCGCAGAAGACAUCUCUGCUCAAAGACGACACGGAACCCGUCGCGGUCGCGACUGACGACACCCACGCCGUGACCGCUGAGGAGCCGGCCGUGCCUCCGGAGGCCGACGCCCUGCUGACGUUAAUGGACGUCUGCGCCUCGGCCAUGGACGCCAGGCUCCACGCGGCGACGGGCGGCGUAGAGCAAGCCCCCGUGGAAGCGACGCUUCAGGACGCCGACAUGAAGAUGAAGGAGGCGGCCCUCACGCUGCUUUCCAUGGACCCCGACAGCGCUCUGUCUCCCGGCUUCAUGAGGCAGAAAGCGGCGGCGUCCCCUGGGAGUGGCACGGAGCGCCAGAAACCGGAAGCUCUACAAACCGCUGCUGAGUCAUCGCCUGUGGUCACGAAUGCUGGAAAAUCCAGCAGUGAUGACAACUAUGAAAUGGACGCAUCAUGUGCUGAAACGGCUCCUCAGGAUGACACCAAGUCACAUGACUUUCAGGAUCCUCCAGGUGAGGCGGCGGCCAACGCUGCCGAGACGGCACCUGACACGCGGUCAGCAUCGACCGAGAAAGAUGAAAUUAUGAAGGAAAGCACGCCUGACCUUUCCUGCGGGACGCCUGCGUUGGAGCAUGUUCCCGGUCCGCACGAGCAAAGCGAGGUUGCAGACGCAAACAGCAAAGCUGAAGAGGGGCUCGCCGAGGAGGAGCAGAUGGACGUCAGUAAUCGUGAUGCUGAAGUAAAGACACAGGAGGAAGAAAGCGUUGCACGAACCGUGGAACUCGGCGCUCCACACACACAACUAGACUGUGGAAGUCAAGUUGUAAAUCAAGCCAAAAUGUGUGACCCAGGUUGCAUCAUCCAGCAGCAAAAGGAGUCAGACACGUCAAAUAAGUCUGAGGGACGAGGAGGACGUAAAAGAAAGAUGUCCAACCAGAACAUUGCAUCUGCUCUGGACUGCAGUAAUAUUGCUGAUGCAUCACAAUUUAGCAAUGCAGCAGGCCAGGAUGGAAAGGAACCAUCUUCUGAGGAAAAAGAACAAGCAGAGGUGAGGGUCAAGUUGCCGCGCAGGGGACGAUCUUCUAAAGCGGCAGAAGAAGUAGCGCAGGAGGAGAUGAAACAAUUCGAGAAAAUGGGUCCGACUCCCAGUCGACGAAGGAGACGCUCUGCAGCCAAAUUAGAUGACCUGAGCAAAGACGAGCAGGGCGCUCACAAAUCGUCGCCAUCACGCUCUACAGAGGAGCAGGGAGAGGAAAAGGAAAGUGCACCAAAGUCUGACAGGCUUCAAGAACGUGAGGCCGCUGUGUCGUCUCUUCCUGCAGGAAGCGCUGAAACGGGUGAGCCGCCAGUUAAGAAGAGGAGGUCGGAGGACAGGGAAACAUCUGUGGAGGCACUGGAGGAGGAGCUGAACAAGGACACUAGCGAGGAGGCUUCUAAGGACACAUAUGAGGAGUUGAUGAAGGACGCCAAUAAGGAGGCUGGAAAGGACACAAGUGAAACGCUUCUUGAGGACACUAGUGAGGAGCCUAUGGAGGAGACUAGUGAGGAGCCUAUGAAGGACACUAGUGAGGAGCCUAUGAAGGACACUAGUGAGGAGCCUAUGAAGGACACUAGUGAGGAGCCUAUGGAGGAGACUAGUGAGGAGCUCAUAAAGCACUUGAGUGAGAAGGCCCCCACAGACGACACAGGGGAAGCACUUAUAAAGGAGACAAGUGAAGAGUGCUUAAAGGACGCAAAUGAGGAGCCCCUGAAGGACACAAGUGAGGAUCCAAAGGACGCAAGUGAGGAUGGAAAGAACGCAAGUGAGGAUGGAAAGGACGCAAGUGAAGAUGGAAAGGAGACAAGUGAGCGUGCAAAGGAGACAAGUGCGGAUGCAAAGGAGACAAGUGCGGAUGCAAAAUACACAAGGGAGGAGCUUAUAGAGGACACAAGGGAGGAUGUAAAGGAGACAAGUGAGGAUGUAAAGGAGACAAGUGAGGAUGUAAAGGAGACAAGUGAGGAUGUGAAGGAGACAAGUGAGGAUGCAAAGGACACACAACGUGAGGAUGCAAAGGAUGCGAGUGAGGAUGCAAAGGAUGCGAGUGAGGAUGCAAAGGAGGCGAGUGAGGGGCUUAUAGAGGACACAAGUGAAGAUGUAAAGGAGACAAGCGAGGAUGUAAAGGAGACAAGUGAGGAUGUAAAGGAGACAAGUGAGGAGGUAAAGGACACAAGUGAGGAUGCAAAGGACGUGAGUGAGGAGUUUAUAGAGGACACAAGUAAGGAUGUAAAGGACGCGAGUGAGGAGCUUAUAGAGGACACAAGUGAGGAUGCAAAGGACGUGAGUGAGGAGUUUAUAGAGGACACAAGUAAGGAUGUAAAGGACGCGAGUGAGGAGCUUAUAGAGGACACAAGUGAGGAUGCAAAGGACGUGAGUGAGGAGUUUAUAGAGGACACAAGUGAGGAUGUAAAGGACACAAGUGAGGAUGCAAAGGACGUGAGUGAGGAGUUUAUAGAGGACACAAGUAAGGAUGUAAAGGACGCGAGUGAGGAGCUUAUAGAGGACACAAGUGAGGAUGUAAAGGGCACAAGUGAGGAUGCAAAGGACGUGAGUGAGGAGUUUAUAGAGGACACAAGUAAAUAUGUAAAGGACGCGAGUGAGGAGCUUAUAGAGGACACAAGUAAGGAUGUAAAGGACGCGAGUGAGGAGCUUAAAGAGGACACAAGUAAGGAUGUAAAGGACGCGAGUGAGGAGCUUAUAGAGGACACAAGUGAGGAUGUAAAGGACACAAGUGAGGAUGCAAAGGACGUGAGUGAGGAGUUUAUAGAGGACACAAGUAAGGAUGCAAAGGACGUGAGUGAGGAGUUUAUAGAGGACACAAGUAAGGAUGCAAAGGACGUGAGUGAGGAGUUUAUGGAGGACACAAGUGAGGAUGUAAAGGAGACAAGUGAGGAUGCAAAGGAGGUACAAAGUGAGAAUGCAAAGGACACAAGUGUGGAGGCAAUGGACACAAGUGAGGAUGCAAAGGAGACAAGCGAGGAUUUAAAGGACACAAGUGAGAAUGCAAUGGACCCAAGUGAGGAGCUUAUAGAGGACACAAGUGAGGAUGUAAAGGACGCAAGUGAGGAGCUUAUAGAGGACACAAGUGAGAAUGCAAAGGAUGCAAGUGAGGAGCUUAUAGAGGACACAAGUGAGAAUGUAAAGGACGCAAGUGAGGAGCUUAUAGAGAACACAAGUGAGAAUGUAAAGGAUGCAAGUGAGGAGCUUAUAGAGGACACAAGUGAGAAUGUAAAGGACGCAAGUGAGGAGCUUAUAGAGGACACAAGUGAGAAUGCAAAGGACGCAAGUGAGGAGCUUAUAGAGGACACAAGUGAGGAUGUAAAGGAGGUACAAAGUGAGGAUGCAAAGGAGACAAGCGAGGAUUUAAAGGACACAAGUGAUGAUGCAAAGGAGACAAGUGAGGCGCUUAUAGAGGACACAAGUGAGGACGUAAAGGACACGAGUGAUGAUGCAAAGGACACAAGUGAGGAGCUGAUAGAGGACACACGUGAGGAUGCAAAGGAGACAAGUGAGGAUGUGAAGGAGACAAGUGAGGAUGUGAAGGAGACAAGUGAGGAUGUGAAGGAGACAAGUGAGGAUGUGAAGAAGACAAGUGAGGAUGUGAAGAAGACAAGUGAGGAUGUAAAGGAGACAAGUGAGGAUGUAAAGGAGACAAGUGAAGAUGUGAAGGAGACAAGUGAGGAUGUAAAGGAGACAAGUGAGAAUGUAAAGGAUGAAAGUGCGCAGAAGACAGACGCUCCUCCAUCACUGAGUGCAUGCGAAGGAAACGAGGAGAUGGACGAGCAGCAACAAGGCUCCGCCCCCAAGAAGCCAGCUCGCAGGGGACGACCACCAAAGACAGCGGAGCUUGCAGACGACGCAGAUAAAAAGGAGAAAACGCCAGGAGCCGAAAAGGAGCCGAAUGAGGACGACGAAGAGGAGGAGGAGGAAGAAUGCGGUGAAAAGGACGAGGACGAGAAUGAGAUGGCGAGAAGAGCGACGACGCGAUCGGCUUCUCGCCUGGAAGCUGAAAGAAAUAAGCCAAGCAAGCCGUCCACGCGCGCCAAUCGACAGAGCGAGAAAGAGGAGAUGGCAGCAGCAGGAGUACGUGGGACCAGAGGCCAGGCGGCUGCCGCCAAGGGACCCCGCAAGCGGGAGGCCAGCCCCCCCGCCGUGCGAACACGAGGAGGGCAGAAGUCCGAGGAGACGCCGUCCAAGCGAGGGAAACGCUGAGGUCCCAGAAAGACUCCAGCAGGUUCCUGCGGUCGACUCCGGACUUCCUCUGCGUGGUGUGUCUGCUGCUUGUCAUCCAUCUUUGCUCUUGUGUGGAGGCAAGUUGUUACAUAUUCAUUCUGAGAAUGACAAUGGCAAAGUUUUUAUAUUUUUUAUACUUUUUUUAAGACUCCAAAAUGACUCAUUUGUUGCGAUCAACGGCCGAAAUAAACUCAACGUGGUCUGCUUG